UGCGCACCACACACGUGCUCAACGUUGUCGUUGAAAGGGUGAACUGUAAAUGCCAGACACUCAAGUGGCGCGGAAUUUGUUGGCUCGGUCCUGUUUGUAUCUCAGAAUUGUCACUUUCUGUACCGUUUUGUCAGCGGUAACAAAUAAUUGUAUGCAGCAAUGGCGAGUGGGGAAAUUGCUCUGUUGAGUGUGUCCAACAAGACAGGUCUGGUGGACUUUGCAAAUCGUUUACAGGCCAUCGGCCUUCAGCUUGUGGCCUCUGGUGGGACGGCCAAGGCCAUCAAAGAGGCCGGUAUUGCUGUCAGCGAUGUUGCCUCGGUAACGGGAGCACCAGAGAUGUUGGGUGGGCGUGUCAAGACGCUGCAUCCCGCUGUGCAUGCUGGUAGGGAUUGGCAUAGCUGUCAUGGUGUCAUUCCACCCCGCAGACAAAAAUUAGUUGAUUAUUUAUUAUGGAAGGAUUUCCCAGUGUCUAGAAAGAAUAUGGAAUCCCAAUGCGCCUUCAUUGCUUGUGUUGUGUUUAGUGGCGUAACUCUGCUGCGAGCUGCCGCCAAGAAUCAUGCCAGGGUCACAGUGGUGUGCGACCCCGGCGACUACAACAGCGUUCUGGCUGAGAUUGAAGCCAGCGUGGACAAGGACACCAAGCUGGAAACCAGGCAGAAGCUAGCCGUCAAGGCAUUUACUCACACUGCCUUGUACGACGCGGCCAUCUCGGAUUUCUUCCGCCAGCAGUACUGCGGCGGCGGCGCGGCGCAGCUGGGGCUCCGCUAUGGCACCAACCCCCACCAGAAGCCCGCCCAGCUGUUCACCACCCGCACCGAGCUGCCCCUGAAGGUGCUGAACGGGUCGCCGGGGUUCAUCAACCUCUGCGACGCCCUCAACGCCUGGCAGCUGGUCAAGGAGUUGCGGACCGCCCUCGGGAUACCGGCGGCCACCUCCUUCAAGCACGUCAGCCCGGCAGGUGCUGCCGUCGGCGUGGAGUUGAGUCCCGAGCAGGCCAAGCUCUGCAUGGUGGAUGAUCUGAUGCCCCUGACACCGUUGGCAACAGCCUAUGCUAGGGCCAGGGGUGCUGACCGCAUGUCAUCUUUUGGAGACUUUGUGGCUUUGUCUGAUGUCUGCGAUGUCCCCACAGCCAAGAUUCUGUCCAGAGAGAUGGAUCCCAAUUACGAGCCAGAUGACAUGGAGACGCGUACCCUCUUUGGCCUACAGCUACAGCAGCUGCGCAAUAAUGCCGUCGUCACCAAGAAACUUUUUGAAAACGUGGUGACCAAGCGACGGGAGUUGCCUGAAGGGGGCUUGCGUGAUCUGAUUGUGGCCACCAUUGCUGUCAAGUACACCCAGUCCAACUCGGUGUGCUACGCUCUGGACGGUCAAGUGAUCGGGAGCGGGGCGGGCCAGCAAUCGCGCAUCCACUGCACCCGACUGGCCGGCGAUAAGGCCAACAACUGGUGGCUACGUCAGCAUCCCAAAGUUCUGGGUCUUUCCUUCAAGGAAGGCGUCAAGAGAGCCGAGAGGUCCAACAUCAUCGAUGUCUACGUCAACGGGACAGUUAGUCAGGACAUGGAUAAAGACACAUGGGAAGGCUCUCUGCAGACCGUCCCUGAACAGCUGACUGAAGCGGAGCGCAAGGACUGGCUGGCCAAACUGAAGGGAGUGGCCCUCAGCUCGGAUGCCUUCUUCCCCUUCCGUGACAACAUCGAUCGUGCUCAUCAGAGUGGGGUAGAGUUUAUCGCCAGUCCGGCCGGAGCUGUGCAAGACCAGGCCAUCAUACAGGCUUGCGAUGAGCACGGCAUAGCUCUGGCUCACACCAAUGUCCGCCUGUUCCACCACUAGAAGAAACGGAUGGCACCGUGGGCUGACGGUAGUCAUCUUAUCCCAUGAAGCAGGGUCGUUGUAACAAUGCAAGAUGAUCGACAAAUACUAGCGCGCAGGAGAGUCAGAUUACAGACUGUUAUCAUGGCAUGUACAUGUCUCAGCCUUGUAUUUAAGUAUGGUUGUAGGUGUGGCUACAUGCACAUGUAGUUGGAGGUAUUUGUAAUGAAUUGAGUAAUUAAUCUUUUAAAUUAUAAUUGCGUAUCAAUGUAAGCAUUAUAUUGUUUUGUUCUAAAUAAAUGGUAGUCACGUAACAGUGUAAAAAAAAGGCCAAGAAGCUAAGCUGACCAGCAGAUUUUGUUCUAGUGAAAUAAAAUGCAUUGGCUUAUAUGCAUACCCAAGCCUUGUGCACAUUUUAGGUACACACAUAGCCUGUGCUUGCCCUCUUAAGGGCAUGUUCUUGAUUGUUGCAGAUGGGAAAUGUGAGUGUGACCUUUUUGACACUUCUUUCUGUCACAAUCCUGUGAAUUACUCUCAGUGGAAUGCAUUUCAUCUUUUGGGAUUUUUUUUUUUCAAAAGUUGAGGGCUGCAAAGUGACAGGGACUGGGCUGUACCGUCCUGAAUCUGGCUACAAUUUUUCAAAUGGCAAGCUGUCAGAUUGGAGCAAACUUACGAUUUACACUUGCCUGUGGAAAGAAAACUCGUUAUCCCAGACGAUGAAAGGAUUGAAACACAUGCAUUUUAAUACUGAAAUCUUAGUAAAUUUGAAAUAUUGUCUGGAUUUAUCCUUGCCUGCAGUAGAAGUAACUUAGACAAGUUUAUUAUCAGUGUUUUCAUGUUAUGGAGAUGGCAACUCCGACCAGACAAAUUUUUUUUUUAAUUGUUGCAUGAAAUGCGGUGAGUCAAAAGUCUAUCCAGAGGACAUCUAUUUUCAUUCCAAGAUAAGUGCAUGUUGCCAGCAAGACAGUUUUCCUGUUCAGUCAAACUGAUCAGUCUUUUUAGUUUGUAUUUCACAAGUGGAAAUCAGCGAUGUUAAAUACGAAUAUGUUACUGUUUAUGUAGAUUAAGAGACAAUAGAGGCUUUGCACAGAGGCCAUCUUGCAGGGCAUUUCUUUUGUUCCACUGGGAAACCAUCUUUGCACAUGUGAGUGAAACAAAAGCACUGGCCUGCAAGAUGGCAGCCAUGCAAACCCUCUAUUCAUUCCAAAAGCGGAGUUCAGGAGUCACUGUUUUUGUAUUCACUUCUCGGGAGGUUUCACCUUAAUUGCUUUACUGUUCAAAUUCCUUUGAAAUAGUUGCUUCUCUGAUGAAAGGGAUGGAUAUCCAGCAGUCUGUUGGUGUUUAAUAUGUCAGGUUUUUGUGGUGUUAGCAAACAGGAAUUUGUGCAUUGUUUUCAUUGGUUUCAGAAUGCUUCACACUUGUUUGAUGUUGGAGACAGAACUUGCAGGGUUUGCACAAAAAUAGUUUGGACCUGGACAUUUCCCAGGUGUACUUCUAAAGUAUGUGAUCUGGGGCCAAUUUCAUAGAGCUGCUUAAGCGCAAAAUUAGCUUAAGCACAAAAAACCUUGCUUAAAAAACAAAAGGUUACCAGCUCAAAUUCUAUGCGGUUGUCAUGCUCACCAAAAGACAGGUGAAUACCAUUCCAAACCAAUAUACAUCAGGUGGAGAUUUGGCUGGUAACCUGAUUUGUCAAGCAAGGUUAUUUCACGCUUAAGCAAAUUUUGUACGUAAGCAGCUCCAUGAAAUUGGCCUCUGGCUUUGAAAUCAAGUAAUUCUCCAUGUGUCAUGCUCACAUCAGUCUAAUGUUUUGAAUUAAUUAUCUGUGUUGUACGGUACGUUAUCAUGAGGCAUAAAUAUCUGAAUGAGCAAUUAGUUAAGUAUCAGUGACUGACAGUUGAAGAAGCUCAGUUUAAAAUGAAAUCAGAGUUGUAAGAUUAGAGAUCAAAAACCUUGACAUUUGUCUGGUUUGUAUUUUUGUUAGAAUUAUGGUGGUAUCUACAUGUACAUGAAGUACUUUAUUUUAUUGCCUUUUGUUAAACUGGUAUAGAAUACAUCUGAAAUUUCAGUUCGUGUUGUGCAAGUGUUAAAAUAUAUACUCAGCCCUAAAAGACAGGAAACGUUCGGCCAUUGGUUUUGUUGUUUUUGCAUUGAUGGUGUAA